AUGAAUUCUAAAUUAAAUAUGUUUAUAUUUGAUUUUGAUGAAACAUUAUCAGUUCGUUCAUCAGCUAUUCAUAUUGAAGAACUUGCUUAUGAUAAACAAAAAUUAAAUCUUGAUGAUAUUAAUAAUCGUUAUGAAAAAUUACAUCAUUGUUGGAAUAUACGUAUGAAUGAAGUACAUGAAUGUCUUGCUCAACAAGGUAUUCAAACAGAACAACUCAUAGAAACAUUUCGUACAAUUGAAUUAAGUCCCGGUGUAAAUGAACUUUUUCAUAAUAUAUUCAUAAAUAAUGGUCGAAUUGUAGUAAUGAGUAAUGCUUGUGAUCUUGUGAUAAAAGAAUGUCUUCAUGCUCAAAAUUUAUUACAAUAUGUCUAUAAAAUUGAAAGUAAUCCUGUACGUCAAAUUUAUCCAAUUAUAAUAAUUGAUGAAUAUGAAAAACCUUUACAAACAAUAUGUAAAAUAUGUGAACCAAAUUUAUGUAAAGGUUCAAUUAUUGAUAAAUAUCGAGAUAAAAAUAAAUAUGAUCAAAUAAUUUUUAUUGGUGAUGGUGAUAAUGAUGUUUGUGCAGCAUUACAUUUAAAUAAAAAUGAUAUUGCUUUUGCUAAAUAUGAUGAAAAAGAUAAUACAAAAAUUUAUCCAAUUUUAUCAUCAUCAUCAACGAUUACUUAUCGACAAUUUUGGAAUUCAUUAAAUAUUGUCUGGAACAAAUACGAUCGAAAACGUGCACAAGAAAUAGGACCUGAUCGUGCUUGUGCUGAAUGGUUAUUACGAUGUGGUGGUUCAGUACGUUUUAAAAAUUGGGGUACAUUUAUAUCAAAUAAUAAUGCACUACCAACUGGUGCUCCUGGUCAAUUUAAAAUAGAAGAAAUUCGAGCUAUAAAAGCAUGUAUUACAUCUGAAGGUUUUGCAUAUUUAGACGGACUUACUGAUUUAAAGAAAAUUCAUUUAGAAAAAUGUGAUCAAAUUAAUGAUAGUUCUAUUGCUCGAUGUAAUAAAAUAAAAGAUACAUUAGAAUCUAUAACACUUAUUGAUUUAAUUCAAAUAAGUGAAAAUGGUCUUGCUUAUUUAGCUGGAUUGACAAAUUUAAAACAUAUUAUUUUAACUCAUUUGCCAAGUGUAAAACAUCGUGAGGCAGUACUCAAAUUAUUGAAAAAUGAAUUACCUCGAUGUACUAUUAAUUAUGAUGAUAAACAUCCUUCAUCUAAGGAAUUGAAAGAAAAAUGA